AUGCUGCUGGCGCUGGGGUGCAAGCGGACACUUCACACCCCGGACCACCGGAUGCCGGGCAAGAAACACUUUCACCGCUAUCCGCACCACUACCAGCACCGGCUACGGGCGUCCAUUACCGUGUCCAAGUUCCUGUGGUCCCUGCUGUUCCUAGUGUUCUGUGAUAGUGAGAUGGUGGCGCUGCGAUCCUCGUUCCAGGCGUCGGCCGCCAUGAUGAUCGUCCCGCCGGGUGCGGGUGCUGCCUCGCACUGGCCCACCUACCAAAGGGGGCCUCCCGAGGCCGACACCACUUCCGGUGUCCCACGGGCCCGGGCGAUCGUCAAUCGUACCAAGCUGCUGGAGCUGGUCAUGGAAGGACUCGGUCUGACGACCAUUCCCGACGUUCGCUUGAUGAAUGUCAGUCAGCAGGAGUACGAAACCAAAUACGCGGAAUACCUGGACCGAGUAAAUCGCCGGCAGGCGCUCGCGGCCGCAGCCGACGGCGACGGGGACGAUUUCGAGCGGAGACAACUUUUCAGCUUUCCCGGCUCAGAUCAUACGCUCAACCACAGGAAACUGCGCCGCAAGCGUUCGCUGAACAACGACUACGAUCUGGUGUAUAUCCGGUUCGAUAUAUCGACCAGAAACGUGUCCACCACCGGCGAGGAGAUGAGUGGCUUCCAGUCGUCGCCCGCGCUCUACCACGAGGACCCAGAGCCAGAGGGCGAAGCAGAAGAGCCUGCCACCCCAGCCAACAAACCGCCCGCAGCGGCGACGACGACGAGUGGUCACCGCCACCGGCAGCAGUCGCUCUCGGAGCUGCCGCCAAUCUCGGCCGAGAACAUCGAGGAAUCGUCGUUAAACAUCAUGCUCAUCCGAAGACAAAACAGCGCACGCAGCGUUAACUCCCACAGUAAACAACAACAACAGCAGCAACCGCAGCAUCACUUCCACCACCAUCAGCCGCAUCAGCGAUCGCGUGGCAGCCAGCAGACCCCCGCGCAGCACCACCAGCAGCAGCUCCGGCGGAAGGGUCGAAUCAAACUCAAACAACCGGCAACCGGCGGAGGGGGCACAACGGCGGGGCACAACGGGCAAACGGUCACGGUACACGUGUACCAGCUGGUGGACCCGUACGAGCGCCACUUCCUAACCUCGAGGACGAUCGCCGUGGACGAGAUCGCACCGAACGGAAGUCGCUGGUACCAGCUACCGCUGGAGGAGGCGGUCCGCACGUGGUUGGAUGGAUCGCGCAAGAACCUCGGCCUGGAGCUGUACUGCGAGGGAUGCCACGCAAGCAACCUGUACAUCGUGCACGAUUCGUCACCAUUCUUUCGCAGCCACGAGGAAACGCCGGUGCUGAACGUGGUCGGUCGGAUGGUGCAGCGCGAGAAGCGCUCCAAGGUGCAGCGGUACCGGCCGAUGCUGCACGACUACCAGUCACCGCCGAAGACGACGGCCUGCAAGGCGGGCAACAAGCGCUGCUGCCGCCACCCGCUGCUGGUGGACUUCCGGGACAUCGAGGGCUUCGAGUUCAUCAUCCAGCCGAAGAUCUUCGACGCCGGGUUCUGCCGGGGGCGCUGCCCCACCAAGCACAAUCCGGCCACGCAGCACGCGAUGCUGCAGAGUCUGCUGCACGAACACAUCAAAUACGACGUGCCGAAACCGUGCUGUGCGCCGAGCAGCCUCGAUCACAUCGAUAUCCUGCACCCGGACACGAAGAACCCGCAGCGGCUCAUGGUGUCCACGUGGCCCAGCAUGCGCGUGCUCGAGUGUGCCUGCUCGUGA